AUGUCGUCGUUACGCAAUGCAGUUCAACGGAGGAACCAUAAGGAGCGUGGCCAGCUCGCAGGACGUGAGAAAUGGGGUAUUCUGGAAAAGCACAAGGACUAUUCCCUCCGUGCCAAAGAUUACAAUGCGAAGAAAGAAAAGCUGAAGCGCUUGGAAGAGAAAGCUCGCAACCGUAACCCCGAUGAGUUUCACUUCGGAAUGAUGGGUGAUCGCAACCGAACACAAGGGCGACAUGGCCGAGGAUCUGUGGCACGCGAAUCUGCUGCUGGACUAAGCCAUGAUGCGAUCAAGCUUCUUAAGACACAAGAUAAAGGAUAUCUACGAACUGUCGGAGAGCGGAUUCGUCGUGAGAUCGAGCGCUUGGAGCAUGAAGCGCAACUACAAGAUGGUAUGAACCAGGUACUGGGUGUAAAAAGCCAAAACAAAGACGGAGAGUCCGAAGAUGAUGAGUUCGACGGAUUUGACGACGAUCUGGACGGGUUCGACUUCAACCAGCCACCGAAGAAGACGAAGUCGCAAAAGGUCAUUUUUGCUGACGACAAGAGCGAACAACGAGCCUUGAAGAAGCGACGAAUUCAGAAAGAGCAGGAUGAUUCCAUGGAUGAAGAUAAAGAUGAAGAGGCAUCUCGCAAAACCCCCAAGCAACUCGCUACAGAGCGACAAGCUCUCGCUGACGCUCGUCGGUCUCGCAAGCUUCGAAAACGGGCCAUCGAGGCCCGAGAGAACAAGCUGAAGGCGUUGCGCAAGCAGUAUUCUGAGAUCAGCGCGGCUGAGAAAGAGAUUGACUGGCAGCGGGCAAAGCUGGACAACUCCAUCGGAGGCACCAACAAGAAUGGCAUCAAGUGGAAGAUUCGGGAGCGCAAACGUUGA